CCUGAUUUUGAGUUCUUGGAAAAUAACGAAUUGCAUUUCCGAUUUUUUUUUCAACAACAACAAAAAAUUAUUGUGUUAUAAAUCACGAAUUUCCUUAAGUAUUUCGGUUUGUAUGAUUUUUCUUUCUUUUGAUUCCACGUUAAAUUUAUCAUUUCAAAUGAAAUAGACUCUAGGCCAGUGAAAUGCUGCCGCGUAUUAUUUAUCGUCGACAAUUUCCUAUUUCAAAAGUGAAGUGGUUUAUAAUUGCGUGUCAUUAAAAACUUCUCCAAUAUGAUAAUUGAUAAAUAAUCUAGAGCAGACGUGUCGCUAUGCAUACGAGUGAUUUGUGCGCGCAUGAAUCGGAUUUUAUAGUCGAACGGAAGCAUAUGACGACGAUUCUUCCCAUAUGCAAUACGCUUAAGGAGAUAACACGCGAGAAGAUAAGCUAAAAGAAGCAACCACUCACUCACACAUAGCCACACUGACAGCGAGUGUAAAAUGACGCGGUAUCGGCUCAACAGCUGACGGAAUAUACCAUAUAUAAAACAAAUGUCAAGUGUGAGCUUCCUCAGACUGACAGCGUUCCAAGCGAAACAAACAGAUUACCAAAUAAACAACAACAACAACAACAAGAAAUAAUUGGCGUCGUAAAAAAUUAAAAAAAAAAGUGGUUUGAUUCGGUCGGUUUAAUAUUCCGAGAAUGCUGUGUGAAAUGUAGAAAGACAAAUGUUGGUUUGAAUGAUGGAGAAUAAAGAGAGCUAUCGCCAACAACAGGAUAAUGAAUUGGAAGUGAUUCAAUCGAUUUUUGGCAAUGAUGUUAUUGAUUUGCGUGACCAUAAAAACAAUGGAGGUUGGAGGCCAAUGGACAUAGUAAUCACGUUGUUGCCACAAAAAGGAUCAUCUGGUACUCGUGAAGCAUACGCCAGAACCAAAUUGCACAUAAUAUGCCCAUCAAAAUAUCCAAAAGUUUCGCCAAAAAUUUAUUUGGAAGAAACAAAGGGGCUGUCCGAUGUACAGAAGAAUGAGUUGAUUAAGGAAUUGAAUGAGCUGUGUGAGCAGAAGAAAGGAGAGGUGGUCAUCUAUGAUCUGACUCAAGCUGUGCAAGCAUUCCUUCAUAAGCACAACAAAGCACCGUGUGGCAGUUUCUACGAUCAGAUGCUACUCGAGCGGAAUAAACGGGAUGAGGCAUUGCUACAGCAACAAGCACAGUGGCUGAGUCAUGAACAACAGCUGAUACGCGAUGAGGUUCUAAAACGUAAAGAAAUUCUUCGCCAAGAAGAUCGAUGGCGCCGAGACGUUCGACGGAGUAUGAGUGAGCAAAGUCCAAAGCACAGGUCAAAUAGUUCAGCCGAAAUGGCCGACCAUCCAUUGGAUGGAACACAAAAUGGUUGUGAGCUUCAUUUAAGCAGUGAAGACCUCUAUUUUACAACAGUCGGUCGAAAGAUUCGAAGAGGUUGCUGUUUAGGUCAUUCGCAAAAUGGUAGUAUAUCCUAUUCUGGGAUUGAUUCAGAGACGGGUCAAUUGCUUUAUAUCACAGAAUGGAAUAUUAAAUAUUCGCAGCUGGAGUCAAAAUGUACAAUAAAUUGCAAAAAUGAGUCAAGUAAAUGCAGCGGCCACACAGUCGAUGAGAUCAUAAGUUGUGUCGAACGAGAAGUGAUGCAACUGUCGAGCAUUCGCCACAGAAAUUUAGUCGCUUACGAAAUGGUCUUGUGUUUGCGACGAAAAGAAGGCAUUAUUGUAUAUUUGGUGCAGGAUUUUGUGCAGGGAAAUAGUGUGAAUUGUAUAUCAAAUUCGCUUGGAUGGUCGUAUUCGUCCGUUGGUAUUGUUGCCAAGGGGGUUUUGGAUGCUCUCAUCUAUUUACACAACAAGGGCAUUUCGCACAGUAACAUCGACGAUGGUUCUGUGUAUCUGGACAAUUCGGGUGUGUGUCGAGUCACGGACUUUUGGUUAGUAUCGUACAUGACCUACCUCAUGGGCACAUCAAAAUGUAGUAAACACAGUGGAGGUGAUUUGCCAGCCCUUGGCCAUUUGGUUGAAUCACUUUUGCAGUUACCCAAUCCCGAUAUGUUUGAUUUCAUUGAACAAUGUAAAAGUGAACGAACCAUAACCGCUUCCGAUUUGCUUGAACAUCCGUUUCUGUCGCCCGAUCGUUCAAACGGUGCAAAUAACUCACAACCAAUUGUUGUGCCGGAGAAGAGAGUCACAGAAUUUCCGAUGCAUACAUCAAUCAUGCCGUUGGGACACUCUCGUCUGCAAACCGAAUUCGAAGUGUUGCAAUGGUUGGGACAGGGUGCCUACGGAGACGUUCUAAAAGUGAAAAAUAUCCUCGACAAUCGACAGUAUGCCAUCAAACGAAUCCCGCUGACCACUCGCUCAAGACAAAUAUUCAAAAAGAUGACGCGAGAAGUCGAGCUGCUCUCACGUUUGAACCAUGAGAAUGUUGUUCGAUAUUUCAACAGCUGGAUCGAAAAUGCCAAUGAAUCGGACCUUAAAAAGUACGCACAGAUUGAUGGCGACGCUGACAAUGAGAGUGCAACGAGUAGCAGAGAAAGUGACAAUCAACUUUGCGUGAUACAGAAACCUGACGAGUCUUCAUCAGAUGACUGGCUGGGAUCACCGCCAAACAACAACGAUUUCAGUUCGGAUGGCAUUGAAUUUGUAAACUCGGACGGCGAAGUAAUUGAAGAUGACGAUGAAAAUGAUGAUGACGACGACGACGAUGAUGAUGAUGAUGAAUCUCAAGCCAUUUCGAGUAGCCAACAAAUCAGCCGAUCACCGAAAUAUGAAGUGCAAAUUAUGUAUAUACAAAUGGAAUUCUGUGAGAAAAGCACGCUGCGCACGGCAAUCGACAAUAAUUUGUACAGUAAUACUGAACGAUUGUGGAGACUUUUCCGUGAAAUUACUGAAGGUUUGGCACACAUUCAUUCACAAGGCAUGAUUCACAGGGAUCUCAAACCGGUGAACAUUUUCUUGGACUCUCGUGAUCAAGUAAAAAUCGGAGAUUUUGGUCUGGCCACCACUAGCUUUUUGGCUUUGCAACAGAAUCAUGAAGUGAGUCUGUCGCGAAAUCAUGGCGAAAUCAGUGGUUCACAGCACACCGGUAAAGUUGGCACCGCUCUCUAUGUCGCACCAGAGCUUACGGGCAAAGCUGGCAAAUCGAUUUACAAUCAAAAAGUCGACUUGUAUUCACUUGGAAUUAUAUUCUUUGAAAUGUGCCAUCGACCAUUCUCGACGGGUAUGGAACGCGUUGAAACGUUAGCUGCACUGCGAUCGCCAAAAGUAUUAAUACCUUCUUGGAUGGAAAAUGAUCAGACCUAUGCGCAACAAGUUAAAGUGAUCAAAUGGUUGUUAAAUCAUGAUCAAAAUAAGCGUCCGACUACCGAGGAAUUGCUAGCUUCCGAUUUACUGCCGCCCGCUCGUCUCGAAGACAACGAAUUGCAAGAAAUGCUGCGACAUGUGCUAGCCAAUCCACAGAGUAAAUCGUACAAACAUUUAGUGGCCAGAUGCUUAGCUCAACAGAGUGACACCGUGCUGGAGCUCACCUAUCAUCUCGGAUUGUUGGAAAUCAAUUCGAAAUUGGAAUAUGUUAAACGUGAAAUAACCUCCUUAUUCCAGAAGCACGGUGCAAUGGAAGUGGUGACUCCGCUGCUUUCGCCAUAUGUAAAAUCAACCAAAAGUACGGCGGUUCGCUUGAUGACUCACUCCGGCAGUGUGGUUGUUCUUCCACAUGAUCUGCGCGUUCCAUUCAUCAAACACAUUGCAUUGAGCGGUAUCAAUUUGAUGCGACGAUAUUCCGUUGGCAGAAUCUAUCGCGAAAAGAAAGUGUUCAAUUUUCAUCCAAAACAAUUGUACGAAUGUGCAUUCGAUAUUAUUACCCCGUCUUCGGCAACUGAAUGCAGAAACAGACUGAUUGACGCCGAACUCAUCUCCAUAGCCUAUGAACUUACAAACAUUUUUCCAGCAUUAAAGCAGCAAAACCUUUCGAUUCGCUUGAAUCAUACUUCAUUAUUGAACGCCAUUCUAACACAUCACAAUGUGCCUAGAGACAAGUACAACGAUGUUUUUACAGCCGUGCUCGACUAUAGCGAUCGCAGAAUUUCGAAAUUUCAAUUACAUUCAACGAUAACACUUUUGCUGGAAUCAUCAAAACAUAGCGCUACCAAUUUAUUGGAUAUUAUGCUAACAGAAAUUCCAUUGGGUGGACCAAAAUCACAUUACACCAACGGUUCCAGUUUGAGAAACUUGAUCAAAGGUCAUAGCGAAGCAUCGAAAAUGGCACGGGCUGCAAUGGAUGAAAUUGAGAAUGUGGUGUCGUUAUCACAGAGUCUUGGUGUUAUGUGUUCAAUCAGUUUGUAUGCUGGCCUUGCUGUUGGAUACGAACAAGCGAAGAACGGUGGAAUAAUCUGGCAAUUGCUGGGAGAUUUCAAAAAUAAGAAUCAUCAAGGAAUUCCAUACGUGCUUGGAGUGGGUGGCAGAUACGACUACAUGCUAUCGGAAUAUCAGAGACAAGCUCACAAUCGCGGUGUAACUAUACCAAAUCGUAAUAGUCAAUCCGGAGCUGGAUUAUCGUUUGCCUUGGAUAAAAUAAUGAGUGUAUUGAGUGCAACUUACACCGAAGAUACAAAAACGACAGACGUUGUUGUGUGUGUAUCUGGUAUUCGACCAAAUUUCAGAGAUGUAACACAAAUUUUGCGUGCACUCUGGUCAUCGGGUAUUCAGUGUGCCAUUGUUCAGGCGAAUAAUCCCGAGGAUGGACAAGAUAUGGCAAAAGAUCUGGGUGCAAUCUAUUAUGUGAUCUACACUGAAGAUGGUAUACUACGGGUACGAUCAUGGAUCAAUGAACGAUUUGAAGAGAAAUUGAUGAAUCGAGACGAGAUCAUAGCAUACAUAAAAAAAGCGCUGCGACCCGAACCCGAGGCAACAUUCACGCAACAAAGUCUUAGUUUAAGUGAAGCCACCAAAUACAAUCGAAGUAAUGCCAGUUUGGCUGAACCAACACUGCCCACCGUCGACAUCAUUUUCAAAAUCAACGACAAAAUGACAUCUAGCCAACGGAAGCGCCAAGAGAAUUUCCUCACUAGCCACAUGUCCGAGUCACUGCUUUUGUUCAAUAAACGUGAACAAAUCGCUGUGGUAGCCGUUGAUCUUCAGCCAAUCAUCAUUCGUGCACUGAUCAGUGCGAUGGAUCCGCGCGGUGCCACCGCUAAAGAGAUUGACAAUGAGAUUUCAUUUGUGAUCGAUCGAUUUCCCCAAUAUAAACGCUAUAUCAAAGACGUGGUCGAAGAGAUUACGGACAUCUUUUCGGAGAAAAAGUGCCCACCCGUCGUCUGUUUGUACAGCUUGAAAGACAGCUAUUACAGAUUUAUAUUGUAGAAUAUCGAUCGUGUUUUUAAUCGAUUUUUUUAUAUAUAUUUUGAAAGGCAAACAUCAACAAUUUAUUCUGAAAAGAAGUGCAUUUAAUGUUAUUCAUCUUAGUUUUUAUAUAUAGAUAAGUACAGAACAUCAUUUUGAUCAUAUUGUCUUGAAUUUGAGCAAAGCCUGGCUUUGUCUGCUCAUUUGACCAUCAUUAUGCUUUGGACUGAAAGUUUUCGGUACAAGCCAUGGUGGAAAAAUGAAAAGAGAUAACAAGUCAUUGGCUCAUUUUUUUGAGGGCACUUCAUUCAUUACUACUAAAUUCAGCCAUUUCCAUGCUCAUACACAAUUCAGUGGAGAUGGCAUGCAUAACAAGAGACACAUCUGUACAUUAUUGUAAAGUAUUUUUUUUAUAAUAAACGUUUGUAGUGGUUUACAUAAUAA